CAGGCGGACAGCAGCAGCAGAGGGAGGCUGGACCGGGAACAAUAGAGAGAAACGAAGCCAGCCCAGAAACACCAAACAAACCGAGAGAGAGGGGCGACAGAAAGAAAGAAACCGAGGGAAGAGGAUGGAGGGAGAGAGGGAGGUGAAGUGAGAUCAUGUGAGGAAUAUAAAGACGACAGGAUUCUUUUUUCCUGAGCGGAGCUUUUCUCCUUUUUUCUUUUCUUUUCUUUUUUGUGUGUGAGUGAGAGAUUUUUCUCCUGUCUCUCCUUCUUCUUCUUCUUCUUCUUCUUUUGUCGCUGGAUUGUACUGAACCGCAGGAUUCCGGCAUCAUGAAUCCUGCAGAAGCGGCCGAGGAGGCGCCGAGCGACGCCGACACUGAUGCCUUCUACAAAACAGGAUCGAGGACUGAAGGCAUCAAAGCAUCCGACGUCCUCCCCGUGUUGAAGGAGAAAGUCGCCUUCGUGUCAGGAGGGCGAGAUAAAAGAGGAGGACCAAUCCUGACGUUUCCUGCCAGGAGUAACCACGACCGGUUAAAACAAGAAGACUUGAGGAGGCUGGUGACCUACCUGUCUACUGUUCCCAGCGAGGACGUGUGCAAGCGCGGCUUCACCGUCAUCAUCGACAUGCGAGGCUCCAAGUGGGAGCUGAUCAAGCCGCUGCUGAAGACGCUGCAGGAGUUUUUCCCGGCAGAGAUCUGCGUGGCGCUCAUCAUCAAACCAGACAACUUCUGGCAGAAGCAGAAAACAAACUUUGGCAGCGCAAAGUUCUCCUUCGAGACCAGCAUGGUGUCGGUCGAAGGUCUGGCCAAACUGGUGGAUCCGUCCCAGCUGACCGACGACUUUGAAGGCUCUCUGGACUACAACCACGAGGAGUGGAUGGAUCUGAGAGUGUCUCUGGAGGAGUUCAUAUCCAGUGCUGUCCACCUGCUGUCCAGGCUGGAGGACCUGCAGGAGCUUCAGUCAAAGAAGGAGUUUCCUGCUGACGUGGAGGGAUCUCGCCGGUUGAUAGAGGAACACACGCAGCUGAAGAAAAAGGUGCUGAAGGCUCCAGUGGAGGAGUUGGACCGGGAAGGUCAAAGGUUGCUGCAGUGCAUUCGAUCCAGUGAUGGGUUUUCAGGGAGAAACUGCAUCUCCGGCUCUGCGGACUUUCAGAGCCUGGUGCCCAAGGUGGCCAGUUUGCUGGACAAGCUCCACUCCACGAGGCAAAACCUUCACCAGAUGUGGCACGUGAGGAAACUGAAGCUGGACCAGUGUUUCCAGCUCCGCCUCUUCGAACAGGACGCCGAGAAGAUGUUUGACUGGAUCCGCCACAACAAGGAGCUUUUCCUGCAGAGCCACACGGAGAUCGGCCGCGGUUACCAACACGCCGUGGAGCUGCAGACGCAACACAACCACUUUGCCAUGAACUCAAUGAACGCUUACGUAAACAUCAACAGAAUCAUGUCGGUGGCGAGUCGACUGGCCGAGGCCGGUCACUACGCCUCCACGCAGAUAAAACAGAUCUCAGGUCAGCUGGAUCUGGACUGGAAAGGCUUCGCCGCCGCGCUGGACGAGCGCUCCACCAUCCUCGCCAUGUCGUCCGUCUUUCACCAGAAGGCAGAACAGUUCCUGUCCGAGGUGGAGGCCUGGUGUAAAGUCUGCAGUGAGGGAGGUUUACCCACGGAGAUGCAGGAGCUGGAGCUCGCCAUCCACCGCCACCAGAGUCUGUACGAGCAGGUCACGCAGGCUUACACCGAGGUAAGUCAGGACGGUAAAGCCUUAUUGGACGUCCUCCAGAGGCCUCUGAGUCCCGGCAACUCUGAUUCCAUGACGGCCACCGCCAAUUACUCCAAAGCGGUUCACUGCAUCCUGGACGUGGUUCACGAGGUUCUCCACCAUCAGCGGCGUCUGGAGAACAUUUGGCAGCAUCGGAAAGUCCGACUGCACCAGCGGCUGCAGCUGUGUGUGUUCCAGCAAGAUGUCCAACAGGUGAUGGACUGGAUCGAGAACCACGGCGAGGCCUUCCUCAGCAAACACACCGGCGUGGGGAAAUCUCUUCACCGAGCGCGGGCCCUGCAGAAGAGACACGACGACUUUGAAGACGUAGCUCAGAACACUUACACUAAUGCAGACAAACUGCUGGAGGCGGCAGAGCAGCUGGCUCAGACUGGAGAGUGCGACCCGGAGGAAAUCUACAAGGCCGCGCGGCACCUGGAGGUCCGGAUCCAGGACUUUGUCCGACGAGUGGAGCACAGGAAGCUGCUGCUCGACAUGUCUGUCUCCUUCCAUACGCACACUAAGGAGCUGUGGUCGUGGAUGGAGGAGCUCCAGAAGCAGCUCUUGGACGACGUGUGCUGCGACUCGGUGGAUUCGGUUCAGACUCUGAUCCAGCAGUUUCAGCAGCAGCAGACGGCCACACUCGAGGCGACACUCAACGUGAUUAAAGAGGGAGAGGAAUUAAUACAGCAGCUCAGAGACGCCGCCAUGUCGACGAACAAGACGCCACACUGCAGUUCCAUCGCACACAUCCAGGGGGUGCUGCAGCAGCUGGACGAGGCCCAGGGCCAGAUGGAGGAGCUGUUCCACGAGCGCAAAAUCAAACUUGACAUCUUCCUGCAGCUACGCAUCUUUGAGCAGUACACAAUCGAGGUUACAGCAGAGUUGGACGCCUGGAACGAGGACCUGUCUCGUCAGCUGAACGACACGAGCCGCUCGGGAAGCACCAGUAGCAGCAGCGGCGGCUCGUUGUCCGGCGGCGCCGAGGACAUCAGCCUGGCGGAGCAGCGGCUGAAGCGGCACGCGGAGAGGAAGGCGGCCAUGAACAACAUGACCUACGAAGUCAUGCAGCAGGGCCAAGACUUACACCAGUACAUUAUGGAGGUUCAGGCUUCAGGGAUUGAACUGACUGGGGAGAAGGACAUGGACUUGGCAUCUCAGGUUCAGGAGCUGCUGGAGUUUCUCCACGAGAAGCAGCAGGAGGUGGAGCUCAACGCGCAGCACACGCACGCACGGCUGGAGCAGACCCUGCAGCUGCGCCACCUACAGGCUGAGGUUAAACAGGUGUUGGGUUGGAUCCGUAACGGUGAGUCGAUGCUGAACGCCAGCAUGGUCAAUGCCAGCUCUCUGUCUGAGGCCGAGCAGCUGCAGAGGGAACAUGAGCAGUUCCAGAUGGCGAUAGAGUCUCUCUUCCACGCAAACUCCCUGCAGAAGACCCAUCAGAGCGCUCUGCAGGUCCAGCAAAAAGCCGAGAUGAUGCUUCAGGCCGGUCACUACGACCCGGAGAUGAUUCGCAACUGUGCAGAGAAAGUGGCCGUGCACUGGCAGCAGCUGAUGCUGAAGAUGGAGGACCGCCUCAAGCUGGUCAACGCCUCCGUGGCCUUUUACAAGACGUCCGAGCAGGUCUGCAGCGUGUUGGAGAGCCUGGAGCAGGAGUACCGCCGGGACGAGGACUGGUGCGGCAGCCACGACAAACUGGGAACCUCGGCCGACACGGAGCACCUUCUACCUCUGAUCAGCAAACACCUGGAGCAGAAGGAAGCCUUUCUCAAGGCGUGCACUCUGGCCCGCAGGAACGCCGAGGUGUUUCUGAAGUACAUCCACAGGAACAACGUGAGCAUGCCCGGAGCGGCCGGUCACACCAGAGGGCCCGAGCAGCAGGUCAAAGCCAUCCUGAACGAGCUGCUGCAGAGAGAGAACAGAGUUCUUCACUUCUGGACGCUGAAGAAGAGGAGGCUGGACCAGUGUCAGCAGUACCUGGUGUUUGAACGCAGCGCCAAACAGGCACUUGACUGGAUCCAGGAGACAGGUGAGGUUUACCUGGCCACACACACAUCACCUGGUGAGAGCAACGAGGAAACGCAGCAACUGCUGUGCGACUACCGUCACUUCAGACUCUCUGCCAAGCAAACCAAGGACAAGGUGAAGCUGCUGAUCCAGCUCGCCGACAACCUGGUGGAGAAAGGCCACGCCCACGUGUCGGAGCUGAAGCGGUGGGUGAGCACGGUGAAUCGCCGGUACAGAGACUUCUCUGCGCGCAUGGGAAAAUACCAGGAGAGUCUGGAGAGGAGCCUGGGGGUCAGCUCUGAGGACAACAAAGACCUGGAGUUGGACAUAAUCCCCGCCAGUUUGACUGACGACCCUGAGGUCAAACUGCGUGACCCCAACCACGAGGUCAACGAGGAGAAGAGAAAAUCUGCGCGGAAGAAAGAGUUCAUCAUGGCCGAGCUGCUGCAGACGGAGAAGUCCUACGUCAAAGAUCUCCACGAGUGUCUGGAGACGUACCUGUGGGAGAUGACGAACGGCGUGGAGGAGAUUCCCCCGGGCAUCGCCAACAAGGAGCACAUUAUCUUCGGGAACAUGCAGGAGAUCUGUGACUUCCACAACAAUAUUUUCCUGAAGGAGCUGGUGAACUACGAGCAGCUGCCAGAGGACGUCGGCCAUUGUUUCGUCACCUGGGCGGACAAGUUCCACAUCUACGUGGAUUACUGUAAGAACAAACCCGACUCCAGUCAGCUCAUACUGGAGCACGCCGGCACCUUCUUUGAUGACAUUCAGCAGAGACGUGGACUGGCCAACUCCAUCUCCUCCUACCUCAUCAAACCAGUCCAGAGGAUCACCAAAUACCAACUACUGCUCAAGGAGUUACUGUCGUGCUGUGAGGAAGGCAAAGGGGAGAUUAAAGACGGUCUGGAGGUGAUGCUCGGCGUUCCCAAGAGAGCCAACGACGCCAUGCACCUCGCCAUGUUGGAGGGCUUUGAGGAGAACCUGGAGGUGCAGGGCGAGCUGAUCCUGCAGGACAGCUUCCAGGUGUGGGAUCCGCGCUCCCUGAUCAGGAAGGGGAGAGACCGACACCUCUUCCUGUUUGAGUUCUCGCUGGUUUUCAGCAAGGAGAUCAAAGACUCGGCGGGCAGAACCAAGUACCAGUUCAAGAACAGACUACUGACGUCAGAGUUGGGGGUGACUGAGCACAUCGAGGGCGACCCGUGUAAGUUUGCUCUGUGGGCUGGAAGAACCCCGUCCUCUGACAACAAAACUGUGCUAAAAGCAUCCAACAUGGAAGCUAAACAGGAGUGGAUUAAAAACAUCAGGGAGGUGAUCCAGGAGAGGAUGACUCACCUGAAGGGGGCGCUCAAGGAGCCUCUUCAUCUGCCCAAAACACCAGCACUGAGCAAACCCAGGAAUAACACAAAGAGGGACGGAGGUGAAGAUGGUGACAGUCAGGGAGACGGCAGCAGCCAACCAGACACCAUCUCCAUCGCUUCCAGGACGUCACAGAACACUGUAGACAGCGACAAGCUCUCUGGAGGCUGUGAGCUCACAGUCGUCCUCCAUGACUUCACAGCUGGAUGCAGCACGGAGAUGUCUGUCAGCACAGGUCAGACAGUCGAGCUGCUGGAGCGGCCGAGCGAGCGGCCCGGCUGGUGUCUGGUCCGGACCACAGACCGCAGCCCCCCGCAAGAGGGUCUGGUUCCCAGUUCUGCACUCUGCGUGUCCCACUCGCGCUCCAGCGUGGAGAUGGACUGUUUCUUCGGCUCGGGAAAAGAAAACUACCCGGUCAGUGGCUCUGAUGGGAAAACCGAGUCCGUGGCGAACCUCCAGCCGCAGCCGUCCCUCAACUCACUGCAGUCCAGCUCGCCGGGACCCAAGCGCUCUGGGAACACUCUGAGAAAAUGGCUGACCAGUCCGGUCCGCCGCCUCAGCCACGGCAGCUCCGUCAAGAAACUGCCCAACAACAAACAGAAUAAGACGCGACCUGGAACUGGAAGAGAAGAGAACAGGAAGAGUAUUGACCUGGGACAACCAGACCUCACACUGCAGGACGACAACAUUGAAGAGAGAGUCCUCAGUAAAGACAGUAACCUCCUCUCGAAGACGUCGUCCGGCAUGCAGAGUGGCGGCGAGGAGGAGCAGGACGAGGAGGCUCACACUCCUCUGCCUCCUCCCAUGGACAUCAUCAAGGAUCCUUCAGCUCAGGAUGAGAAGUCUUCGUCCUUGCUAACGUCCCUGCAGUCGUCUUCUGAGGUGCCCAGCGCCGCAGAGCUGGUUAGCGCCAUAGAAAAACUGGUUAAAACCAAGAUGACUCUGGAACCAGGAGCGUACCCCGGGUUCUCCCCGCUCUCUCCGCCCGAACAAACCACUCCCGUCCAGCCGAGAAACCCUGAGCUGGAGCAACGAGCCAAAGCUAUGAGAGGACGAAUGUUUGUCCUGAAAGAGCUGAUUCAGACGGAGAGGGACUACGUCAAAGACCUGGGCACUGUGGUGGAGAGCUUCAUGAAGAGAAUGGAGGAGAAGGGCGUCCCCGAGGACAUGAAAAGAAAAGACAAAAUCGUCUUCGGGAACAUCCACCAGAUCUACGACUGGCACCGAGAUUUCUUCGUAGGAGAACUGGAGAAAUGUUUGGAAGACAAUGAACAUCUUCCUGAGCUUUUCAUCAAACAUGAGAGACGACUGCACAUGUAUGUGGUUUAUUGUCAGAAUAAACCGAAGUCUGAGUUCAUCGUGGCAGAAUAUGACACAUAUUUUGAAGGAAUCCAGCAGGAGGUUCAGUCCAGGCUCAGCCUCAGCGACUUCCUCAUCAAACCAAUCCAGAGAAUCACCAAAUACCAGCUGCUGCUCAAGGACUUCCUGAAGUACAGCGCAAAGGCAGGAUUAGACUGUGAUCAGAUUGAGAAAGCGGUAGAUUUGAUGUCUCAGGUCCCGAAGCUGUGUAACGACAUGAUGAAUCUGGGUCGACUGCAGGGAUACGAGGGUAAACUGACCAGUCAGGGCAAACUGCUGCAGCAGGAGACCUUCUUCGUGACGGAGCAGGACGCCGGCGUCCUGUCGCGCUCCAAGGAGCGACGGGUCUUCCUCUUCGAGCAGAUCGUCAUCUUCAGCGAGCUGCUCAGGAAAGGGUCGUCCACGCAGAGAUACCAGUUCAAGAAGAGCAUCAAGGUGUCCUACCUGGGUCUGGAGGAAGUUGUGGACAACGACCCCUGUAAGUUCGUGUUGUCGUGCCGCGGCUCGUCCGAGCGUCUCACUCUGCAGGCGGCCAACGUCGACAUCAAGCAGGUGUGGGUGCAGCACAUCCAGAAAGUCCUGGACGCGCAGAGCAACUUCCUGUCUGCUCUCCAGUCUCCCAUCGAGUACCAGAAGGAGAAGGGCGCGGGCAGCAGCUCGUCGCUCACCAGGAACCGCUCGUCGUCGGGGAGCCGGCCCUCGAUGUCGUCUCACAGUCGACCGUCGUCCACCGUCGGCCUCGGCGACAAGGAGCUGGAGAGAGGGUGGAGCCAGAUGAAAGUCUCUACCUCCAACGGCGGCUCGUCGUGUUUCGACCCCAGGGAUGGCGACGGCGGCGGCUGCAACGGCGUCUCGUCAACCAUGAUGGUCACUCAGGACUACUCGGCGCUGAAGGAGAACGAGAUCUGCGUGAUCCACGGCGAGACGGUGCAGAUCCUGGCCACCAACCAGCAGAACAUGUACCUCGUCUACCGGUCGGCCAACAUCCAGUCGCCGGCCGCCGAGGGCUGGGUGCCGGGACACGUCCUGGGCCCGCCCACAAAGCCCAUAAAAGACUCCGCCUCCACGUCGUCCUUCCCGGCGGCGGUGGCCGACGCCCACAACAUCAAGAAGUCUCUGUCGUGGAACACGCUGCGCGCCAGGAAGCGCGCCGAGGCCAAGGACGCCGGCUCGCUGGGGGUCGCGAGGGGUCACGAGAAUGGCCUCCUGCGUAAGGCCAAAGAAAUCACGCCCCCUCCCCCUCUGGCCUCUGCCGCCGCCACGGGGUCAAAGGGCAAAGACGUCCACACUUCAGACGAGUCCGACUGUGACGACGACCUCGACCCAAAGACGGGCAUGGAGCUUCUGAACCCAAACUUCAUCCAGGAAGUGGCUCCAGAGUUCCUCGUCCCUCUGUCAGACGUGGCGUGUGCGUUCGGGGAGACGGUCGUCCUCUGCUGCAAAGUGUGUGGUCGACCCAAACCCUCGGUGACCCUGAAAGGCCCUGACCAGAACCCGGUGACCAGCAACAACCGAUUCACCAUCGACAUCAGGGACACCGGUGACAUCCUGCUAAAGAUCUGCAACCUGAUGCCUCAGGACACGGGGAUCUACACCUGCGUUGCCGUUAACGACCACGGCUCCGCCUCCUCCUCCGCCUCCAUUAAAGUCCAAGGUAUCCCAGCAGCCCCGGGGCGGCCCGUGGCACAGGAAGCCAGCAGCACGGCAGUGAUGGUCCACUGGCCUCCUCCUGCUUCAUCUGCUCACUGUGCUGUGAGCAGCUACACUGUGGAGUACAGACAGGAAGAUUCGUUGCUAUGGGAACAGGUGGUCAGCAGCAGGGAGGAGUGCGUCCAGAUUGACGCCCUGAUUCCCGGUGGUCAUUAUCAGUUCAGGGUGCGAGCCUCCAACCGCUGGGGGCUGGGGCCGCCAUCCGAGGCCUCCAACAUGGUCACACUGCCCAACAGCAACUCAGGAUAUGAUGGAACAGGAAUCCAGUGGAAAGACAACUUUGACUCGACCUUCUCUGAGAUCUGUGAGAUUGGAAGGGGACGAUUUUCAGUGGUGAGAAAGUGUCUCAACAAGUCUACAAAGAAAGAGGUCGCAGUGAAGUUCGUGAGUAAGAAGAUGCAGAAGAAGGAGCAGGCGGCUCACGAGGCCGACAUUCUCCAGCACGUGCAGAACCACCAGCUGGUGGCGCUGUUGGACACAUAUGAGUCCCCCACCUCUCUGAUGCUGGUCCUGGAGCUGCUGGAGGAUGGUCGACUCCUCGACUACCUUGUUGCCCACGACGAGCUGAUGGAGGAGAAGGUGGCGUUCUUCAUCCGGGAGACGCUGGAGGCCGUGCAACACCUGCACACCUGCAGGGUAGCACAUCUGGAUCUCAAGCCUGAGAACAUCAUGGUGGACCUCCACGCUCCCACGCCGUGCGUCAAACUCGUCGACCUCGGCGACGCCGUGCAGCUGUCCGUGCACCGCCGCUACGUCCACCUGCUGCUCGGGAACCCGGAGUUCGCCGCGCCGGAGCUCAUCCGCGGGACGCCGGUCUCCGUGGCGACAGACGUGUGGAGCGUCGGCGUGCUGGCGUACGUCCUGCUCAGCGGCGUCUCGCCGUUCCUGGACGAGUCGCCCGAGGAGACGUGCGUCAACAUCUGCCGCCUGGACUUCUGCUUCCCGGACGAGUACUUCCGCGACGUGAGCCAGGCGGCGAGGGACUUUGUGUCGUCGGUGCUGCAGCAGGAUCAGCGCAAGAGGCCGAGCGCCACUUCCUGUCUGCAGCACCCGUGGGUGGGUCGAGGGGGCGCGCACGGCGGCGAGUACUCCAAGACGCCCCUGGACACGACGCGACUGGGCGCGUUCAUCGACCGCAGAAGACAGCUGCACGACAUCAGGCCCAUCACCAAUAUCAAAGGGCUGGUGAGCAGCAGCAUGGGCAACACACUGUGAAGAAGACGACAUCAAUGAAAAAAUCCACCUGUGACCACCAGUGUACCAAUAAUAACACUAUAAUAAUAUAUUUUAGGCUUUUAAUUAUCUCAAUUAUUUAUUAAUGUGCGAGUGGGAAAAGGUUUUGUCGCCCGUGGUGCGAGAUUUAGGCCACUUUGGUUCAAACCCAUACGUAAAUACAAUAAAUAAUGUCAUUUUAUGGUUUGACAACAUUUACUCGUCAACCAAAAAUGUAAUGAAAUUCAUUUAUUGGCCAGAUUGUCCUGGAUGUCCCAUUAAAAUCCCAAAGAACUAACUCAAAUUUGAGAAAACGACCACUGUGAGCAAAACAUGACGGAGAAUAAUAUUUGGUUUUAUUUACAUUAAGAGGGUUUAUUUUUACAGAACAAAAAAGAAAAACAACAAAAAACAUAUAUUUGUUAAUAAUCCCAAAGUCGAGUCAAUCCCAGUCUUACUCCACAAGACACGAUAUUCCAGCUCAGGGACAUAAGACGACCGACCAAUGACAUGAGCAUAUUAUUAUCAGCGACGUAUGAAUCUAUAACUUGAGCAUAAGUUUGUUCAAGUUCGUUUGACCGGCGACUGAUAGCAAAGAUUCGGUGCUUAGCUAAAAAUGUGUUUACACUGUGACGGUAUAAUGUUUGCAUGGUCAUCAUCUCUGAGUUCAUUUAAAGCUGCUGGGAGUUAAUAAACCUGUUAAUAAUCCACGUUAAAAGACCCAGUGUGUAGAGAUUGAGUGGCAUCUAGUGGUAAAGCUGCAUAUUGCAACUGACAGAAUCACAAUUGUCUUCACCCUCGUGUUCAAAAAUCAAAUUGGCUCAAAGAAAAUUCAAAGCAUAGUGAAUAGCCACCAGGGGGCGACACUGUUGGAUGUAAUAAAAGAACUUAGUUUGAAUGUAGCUGUGGGAAAAUUAGCUUCUACUUCGCACUUGAUUUAAUAUCCUUAAUAUCUAAAUUGCUAGUUUCAGGAUUUUUUUUAGGGCUUCAGCUAACGAUUCUUUUCAUAAUCGAUUAAUCAGUUGAUUAUUCUCCGAAUUAAUUGAGUACUUCAGUACUUUAAAUCAGUGUUUUUAAAAACCUGGAAAUGAUGAUGUUCUCAAAAGUUGUUUUUGUUUUGUCCACAAUCCAAAAUAAUUCAGUUUUGAUGACAUGACUCCAGGAGCAAAGAAACCAGAAACUUUUCACAUUUAAGAAGCUGAAAAAUCAGAAAACGUGUCUUAAUAAUGCAAAAAAAAACAACCUCAAACUGAUUAAUCGAUGACUAAAAUACUUAAAUAGUUCAUUGAUUAAUCAAGUAAUGCAGCCCUAUUUUCUUUUAUUUGUAAAUUAUGCUCCCAUUUAGAAAAACAAUCAUUUUUACAGUAACAAAAACACAGUAGUUUUGUAAUAUUACAUGAAUAAUGACUAUAAAUAUUUAAUUUCUGUUGAUAGACAGCCCCUAAUUCUACACACAGGACCUUUUUAAAUAGGGUAUAGCGUUAGCAGGAAUGCUAACAGCAGCAACAAACAGGAAGUUAGCAAAAAGUUAGCUGAAAAGAAGAUGAUGUCGCUAACAGCAUCUUUGAGAUUACAUAUUGAGGAUUAAUUAGAUUCAUGAAUGUCAGUGGGGAAUCUGAUUUAAAAAAAACCAAGGUAGUUUUAUAAGAGUCGUUAAAGUAAAACUUAAAUCCUUAAACUUUGGUUCUGUAUCGCUAGGUGCUAGCAUAGCCACGGUUUAGUGCCCUGCUCAUUUUUUUCCCUUGGGAUUGUCGGUGUAUUUUUACUAGACUGUAGAUUAAGUGUUAAAGAAAUUAAGAAUGAAUUAGGAGUAGGAAGUUCUGUCGAAAAUCUUCGUGUGUCUGAAUUUCUAUGUUUUGUUAGUUGUCUGUUUGGUCACUGGUGGGGAAUUUUGUUCUUCGCACAGGAAAAAAAAAACUGCGACGAGGAAGAAGACGGGACUUGAAACUGAAUCCACCUCUGUUUAUUUUUCAUUGAGUGAAUGCGACGGCCGACAAACACCCCUGAUAUCACAUAUAUAUAUUUUUUAAUUUAUUGAAUGUUUAUUUAUUUAUUUAUUUAUUUUAUUUCAGGAGGUUGAGAGAAUGAGGUGACGUGGACGCAGAGCCGAACUGAAGUCACCGAGCAGUCGCUAAAUAUUGACUGAGUUUACAUCAGAUCUGCUGGACUUAACUGGGCCAAUCAGGACUAAAAAGGGACGUUGCAGAGUCGUCGUCCUGCUGUUGGAAACACAGGAUUUUUGAACUUUGAAUUCUGUUUGAAUGGUAAUUUGUUUGUAUCACUGUUUACAAAAAGAAAACUCUUGCUUAGGUAGUUUGCAGACGAGUAGAAUAAUCAGGGAAAAACCUGCAUGUAAAAAUCACCAGGGAUCCGUUGAGACGAGUUUCUAGAGCAGACACCUGGAUCAAAGUUGGAGGAAAAAAAACAAAACAGCGUGACAAAUCACCACCUGUGGUGUUGUUGUCUCUGGUUGUGUUUGGCUUGUAAAUUAGCUCACGUUUGCUGACAGAAGAGUCUGUUUUACUGUCUCUGUUUCUACCGAUGAAUGUAGAAUGUGUUCUGCCGUCAUAGGUGCUGUUCUUUCUCUGCUUUGACUAACUGGGCUCAUAACCUGCUUCUCUGAAAACCCACGUCGACCAGUAAAGACUCGCUCAUGCUCAACAUUACACUGUAAAAAAAAAAAAAAAAACAUUGUGUCCAUAUAUUGAUUUUUUUAUUGAGUUUGAGCCAUUUUUCUGUCCAUAUUCUGUGAAGGCUUGCGUUUACAGAUGAAACAGCAGCAGUACCGUCAGUCAACAAGGGGGGGCAGCGUAGGAGUUCAAGGGAGAUGACGAGGAAGAGUGGUGGAACUUCUGGAAAGGUACAAAUGUAUAAACAUGAAUUGGUGAAGCUUGAAGUAGCUUGAAUCUUUCUCUCCUCACCCCUUCACUUCCAAGUGUUUGUGUUAAAGUUAAAAUCAGGACAUUUGGCCAUUGUGGGCCUCCGUAGAGCACCUCCAUUUCCUUUGUUGUCAGAAUUUCUCUUCUCUCUGCUGCCCCCUAGUGCUCAACCGUAAAGGAUGCAAGGAAGUAUGCUGGCAGUGAUGGUUAAAUCUUUUAGAAACAGCUAAAUAAGAUUUAGUUUAACACCCAAUCAGAUUUAGGACCAGGUCCACGAUGAAAUACUGGUAGCAGUGUUAAAGAAACUCAAAGUAAUUACAUUUUAAUACUAUUCCAGAGUGUUUUUGUUCUUAAUCGGAUUUAGUAUUAAAAUAAGUUUGUUUUUUUUAGUGGUAAACUAGCGUUAAACAGAAAAACUAACCUCACAGAAGGAACCACCAGGGACGCCUCGUGUCUUCUUUUAUUUCUUGGAACUAAACAGCCACAAACGAAUAAUGAUAAUAAUCAUCCUGGGUGAAUGAAGGAAUGAGCCGUUUAGAGGAAAUGAUUUUCAGGUUGAUUUAGUGAUUGGAUGUUAAUUUGUCAGGCGCUGGAAGAGCAGAUGACUGUGGAGCAGCUGAUUCCAGUCUAUUGUGACUGUGUUUCUGGUGCCGAGCGAAUGUCACGCUCCCAUUUUCCCCCUUAACUUAUUUCACAGCUUCAUCAUAAACUUUUUUCUUUUUUUUUCAUGUCAAAUCCUCACCAUUCAGAACAACAACACAACAACAGUGGUUACAUGUAUGGAGAGCCAAAUGGUUCAUAAUUACAAAAAUGUAUAU